UGGAAAUCUACUUUUCCGAGUUCCUGACGUCAGGAAAUCGGCACUAUUUAUGGUUCUAGAUCCCACUGCACCCCGAAAAACAACCAAAAGAUCAAUCGACCGUCUACCCUUGAUUAAUUUUUAAUUUACUCUUCAUAAUGGUCGCGAUAACCGUCCCCGACAACUACGGUGCCGUUAUUGGCGUCGCGCUUGGAGCUAUCCCUGUGCUCAGCUUUCUCCAUGGAAUGGUCGUGUCGGGGUUUCGCAAGGAAGCCAAAGUUCCCUACCCUCACAGCUAUGCGACUGUCGAACAGUGCAAGUCGAAUGCUAAAGCGGAACAAUUCAACUGCGCCCAGCGCGCGCACGCCAACUUCCUCGAAAAUGCUCCCCAGACCAUGCUCUUUACUCUUGUUGCAGGUUUGAAAUACCCACAGCUGGCUACCGCUCUUGGCGCCGGCUGGCUCGUGGCUCGCUCGCUUUUCUUGUACGGCUACGUGUACUCGGGCAAGCCGCAGGGUAAGGGAAGGUACCUUGGAGGAUUUUUCUGGCUUGUGCAGGGUGCUCUAUGGGGGCUGAGUGUGUUUGGCGUUGGGAGGGAUCUAAUUUCUUUCUAAACACCAACUAUUUGUAAGUGACUGUAUCGUUGCGGUUUUGGGCAGUAUUGUCUCGUUGUAAAAUAAUUCUCUGAAUUUGCCAUUGAGAUCGUGAGAAACACUAGCAAAGAAUUUCAAAAUCUCAGGAAGACAGGGCUCACUAUAAUAUUGAUGAUUUGUCG